AUGUUGGGCAUCGAGGUGGCGAAUGCCACUACUUGGGACGAUUUUAAGGAGUUGAUAAGGGAGGAGUAUUGUCCUCGUGAUGAGAUUCAGAAACUGGAGAAUGAAUAUUAUGAUCUGAAGAUGGUGGGAUCCGAGAUUGAGGCAUACGUGAAACGAUCUCAUGAGUUGGCUAUCAUGUGCCCGAACUUGUCACGACCUCCGCACCGGAGAAUAGAACUGUUUAUCAAGGGAUUAGCUCCACGAGUGAAGGGUUUGGUUACUGCAGCGAACCUCAACAACUUACCCCAGAUUGUCCGUUUGGCUCACAAGAUCACCGAUCAGGAGGUGGAGAGUGGUUCUCUACCACCGCGCGUUUCUGCCACUACUGCUGCUACAACCACAGUUACUACGCCUGCUAGUGAUAGCAAGCGGAAAUGGAAUGAUGCUGACAAGGCAACCAGUGCCAGUCAAUCUCAGAAAAGGCCUGACAACAGCAAUAAUCGUAGCUUCAGUCAGUCAUCCUCAGUUAAUCAAGGCCAGGGCAGCAAUCAGAAUCAGGGCUCCUAUGUUGGGAAGAAGCCACAGUGCAACAAAUGUGGCUAUCAUCACUAUGGGGAGUGUGUCCGGGCUUGCCGUAGGUGCGAGAAAGUGGGCCAUGAGGCCAAAGACUGUAGAGCUCCGCAGCCAAAGCAGCCGCAGCAAAAUCAGCAGUAUCAGCGACAGCAAAGAUAUGUGUCCCUAGAGUUUGGUCAACGAUUAGGGUUAACCCCAACGCCUUUAGAAGUUAAGCAUGUGGUAGAGUUAGCCGAUGGCAAAACGAUUGAAGCUUCGCAUGUCCUUUUUGGGUGUAAGUUAGAUCUUGUAGGUCAAGUGUUUGAUAUUGAUCUCCUUCCUGUUACCCUUGGUAGUUUUGAUAUAGUGGUUGGUAUGGAUUGGCUGUCCAAACACCAAGCUGAGAUUCUGUCUAAGGAGAAGAUUGUAUGUAUCCCUCUCCCUGAUGGAGAGUCAUUAUCGGUUCAGGGGCAUCGCAGUGGUGCGGUGGUUGGUAUCAUCUCGGCUAUGCAAGCGCAGAAAUGUCUACGAAAGGGGUAUCCUGCUUCAAUCGAUUUACCAUCAGCUAGUUCUACUAUAUGUUUAGUUACAAGAGGUGUAGGACUCAAUCCUAACUGA